UAUGCCAUGCGGACGUUAUAUACCAGAGACAAAGUUUAAUAUUUGUUAUAGUACGAUUAACGACAGCCCUGAGUAAACUUCCAAUAGCGUCAGAAAAUUUGUUAGCAAUUAAAAAAUAUAUAAAGCACUUUAUUUUCAAACCUGUAAAAUAUUGCGGAAACAGUCGAGCCAUAUUUACCGAGGGGAGUUCUCUGUGUGUGUAUCUAUGGGAAUCCAGCAGCAGCAGCGAGUCAGCGACACAAACACACACCGCAGGCGAGGAAGUCACCGUAGCGCUACAACCCAGUGCGUACGUUACAAAUCGAAUUAUCAUGUCGAGUAGUGUGUUUUUAUCCGCGACCUGACAACUUCAGUCUGCUGCCUACUAAAUAGUCUCGGUUAUAUUAUAUGAUAGUGGUUUAUGAGCCUGGUAGCCGAAUGGCGAAGAGAAGCGCGAGACGCGGCUAACGUUAGUCUGAAGCUGCGACUCCAGCAGCCCAACGAGAUGAUGCGACGUCAGCGGGUUUAUGGUCAAAUCUGCGGCUAAAUAAACGUGUACCACUGAAUAAAACACUACAGUGGCGAUAUUGAUCGACCUCUUACGGAAUACGACUAGUUAGCAGGCUAGCUGGGUUUAAACCGAAUGGGUGGUGGUGGUGUUGGUGUUGUUGUUGUUGUUAGCUGGGCCAGAUCGUCACAUUGCUUUACUCGGGGUUGUUUUAAUAUCGCCGGCGGGUAGUUGGGACUUUUUCUAACAGAUAAAAUGGCAACGGGCUCCAGUUUCCAUUCCGGAGGGAGUGGUUCUAGAAACGGACCAUCAUUCGCAUCACCGUCGUCUUCCUCGUCUGGAGUGCCAGGACAGGCUCAGCCGAUGGCGGUGGUUUGGGAAUGGCAGGAUGAUCUGGGCUACUGGAGGCCCUACACCGGACAGGUGAGCAGCUACAUCGAGCAGUGUCUCCAGCACCAGAGAGGAGCCGGGCCCGCCAGCAGCAGCAGCAGCAGCAGCAGCAUCUGUCUGGCACAGGCAGACCCCAGCCUGUCUGCGUACAUCAUCGACAUCCCCAACCUCAAACAGUUCAGACAGGACACGGGAAAGAUGCGUGCUGUGCGGCGAUCCCUGUUCCCGCAGUCCUUUGCCCUGGGCAGUGGGGUUCUUUGGGAGUGGGCCAAUGAUGAAGGAGGGUGGACGGUGUAUGAGAUCCGAACCUCCAUUCUGCUGGAGCACAGCUACCAGGCAGGGCAGGCCACAGCUGACCUGAGCCCACACGGCUACAACUACAUUGUGGACCUCACUGCUCUACAGCAAGUCAACAAGGCCACCAGCUACAGACGACAUGUCAGGCGGCAAGGCAGCGUGCCAUAUCCUCUCGCCUCCGGUUCAGUUAUUCACUCGGGCCCGGCCUGUUCCUGUCACCAAUGUUUGAGCAAUAGCAGCGCCGCCGGACCCAUGAUGAGCCGGUCACGGCAUUCCUUCACCGUGGGGCAGGCCAACGGGCCCAGCCUCCAGACCCAGCAUGGACGACUUCCUGGAACCAGCUCUUCUUCAGCCUACUCGCCCUACCCCAGAAGACCUCUCUCGAUGGGAAGCUUGUUAUGGAACGGCCCGUGGAGUACCCCCACCUCUGUGGCUCAUCCUUCAGGACCACCACAGGCUUUUGGUCACCAUGCAAAUGGCUUAAGCAUCUCAACCAUCCCUCUACACAUGAACGGAUCCAGUAGUGUGAACUCUGCACUGGCAGGCAUGGCUUCCAUUUUGAUGUCAGCUGCAGGACUGGGAGUUCGCUUCUUGACCAUCCCCUUCUCCCAGAGUGGCGCCAGCAGGCUCACCAAUGGCCAGCCCAGCUCCAUUAAGAGGGCAAAGAGACAGUCCAGGACAGUUCCCAAAUGCAUAUUUUCAUGUAAACCAUUCCUUUCAGCUGAACUCAUUUUCUCUCACUUAUCACAUUUCGUCACACCACAGGAUGGGAGUCUUCAGUGCCCCUCAUGUAAGACAAUCUACGGAGAGAAGACCGGUACCCAACCAAAGGGCAAGAUGGAGAUUUACAGUAUUCCUCAGUCUUUGCCUGGACACCCAGACUGCGGCACAAUACAAAUCAUUUACAACAUCCCGCCUGGAAUACAGGGUCCUGAGCACCCAAACCCUGGGCAGCCGUAUACAUGCAGAGGAUUCCCUCGCUUCUGUUUCCUUCCUGACAAUGACAAAGGAAGAAAGGUGCUGGAGCUGCUGAAAGUGGCGUGGACACGGCGCCUCAUCUUUACCGUGGGCACUUCCAGCACCACAGGGGAGCCGGACACCGUCAUAUGGAACGAGAUCCACCACAAGACGGAGAUGAUGUCCAACGUCUCCGGCCACGGCUACCCUGACCCCAACUACCUGGACAAUGUGCUCUCAGAGCUGGCGUCACAGGGCGUGACGGAGGACUGCCUGAAAUUAAACCCUCAGUGCCAGGGGGCUCAAGGUGCAGCCAUGUGAACAGGACUGUCCCAUCUACUGUAGAUCUAAUAAAACUUGAUGAAAAG